AUGGGCGUCGAUUACUACAAUAUCCUCAAGGUGAACCGUAGCGCGACCGAUGACGAUCUCAAAAAGUCGUAUCGGCGGAUGGCAAUGAAAUGGCACCCCGACAAGAACCCAAACAACAAGAAAGAAGCAGAGGCCAAGUUCAAGAAAAUAUCAGAGGCAUAUGAGGUUAGCUUCUUUGAUCAUUUCUGGUCUCCUAUUUCUCUGUCAUCCGAAUCUAUUUCUUUUAAAACUUUCCGUGGAAAGAGAAUUCAAGUAGAAGGGUGCAUUGGACGGUAGCUCUUGUACAAGGAGCAUAGAAUUCGGAGCGUUUUGCCUGAUGUCGUAUCAUCCUUUUAUCUAUAAAUUUUGCAAACCAAUUUUUUGAUAAUUUAUAUAUAUAUUUUUUUGCCUGAUGUCGUAUCGCCAAUUUAUUCAAGAUGAAAUCCGAAGUUAAGUUCAUGUGUUUUUUAUUUUAAGGAAUUUAUCGUAUAUUAAAUGAUAGUACCUGAAGAAAUUCUGGAGUGCACGAAUUUACCUUGAAUUUUGGUAUGCGAUUUUCGAAAUUUUGUUAGUCUAAUAAAAUAAAAUCCGAAAAAUUCACUUUUAUGGAACGAGUAGUAAUUUUUUUUUGUCUCGAUUAAAAUACUAUUAUUUAGUUUAUUUUGAAUUAAAAAAGCUAUAGAAGGGAAGAAUUUACAGGGUGCAAACACAUUCUAAAUUUCUUUAGUCUUGGUUUAGGUCCUAAGUGAUCCACAAAAAAGGGCAGUGUAUGAUCAAUAUGGAGAAGAGGGCUUGAAGGGUAUUCCCCCGCCUGGUUCUGCGAGUGCACCUUCGUACUCAAAUGGAGCCAGCGACUUCCAUUUCAACCCCCGAAAUGCAGAGGAUAUAUUUGCUGAAUUCUUUGGGACCAAUCCAUUUGGUUUUGGUUCUAUGGGUCAUUCUAGGUCCACUAGAUUUCAAGCAGACGGUGGUGGGAUGUUUGGUGGUUUUGGUAGGGCGGACAACAUAUUCAGGUCUCACUCUGAAGGGCCUGGUGCUGGUCCUGGAGGUGCACACCGGAAGGCGGCGCCUGUUGAGAGUAAACUGGCUUGCAGUCUUGAAGAGCUCUAUGGUGGGUCAACAAGGAAGAUGAAGAUCUCCCGGAAUAUCACUGAUGCUAACGGGUACGAGCUUUUACAUUUAAGAUUUUUUCAUGCUCUUGAAUUUCAGGUAUUUCUUUUAGGACUGCCGAGUUGUGUUGUUUGCUAAAUUAUUUGUUUUUUGUUGCAAACGCUCGUGGUUGAAAAAUAUUAGUAGAUAAAUUUUCUAUUCUCCCUUGAAGAGUAUUUGUUCCCAUGCUUGCAUAAACAUGUAAUUAUGACAAACACCAUGAUUAUGACGAUAUUUUUACCUAGUUCGUAUAGGCAUAUAAGAGUCAGCCCUCAAUGAGUUCACUUUCACAGGGCGUCCAUUUAAUGUCGAUGGGAAGAGUUUAAAAGAAGUUCUCACAAAAGGCACUCCGUGGAAUGCCACAAUGAUGCUCAAAUACGCGUCUAAUCUUAAAACCACUCGAGGGGAAGGCUAAGCUGAGAAGUUCAAACCACCGGCCUAUCAAGUUCAGUUCUCUGGUCCCUUUCUGCCAUUUGCACCACAAAAGCCGCACUCGAGGAGCCUUGUCUUUUUGAUCUCUGGUCAGGUCUUGAAACGCUUAGAGGCAUCGUGUUUGUCUUUUUGUUCAUGACUAAGUUGCAAUUAUCAUUGACUUUUCACCACGUGUUUCGGGCUUCGGAAGCUGCUUUUUAGUGUGAUCGAGUUAUUUCUGUCAUGCAUGCAGCUCUUUGUUGAGCUCAUAGGAGAGGAUUUCUUUCGUGAUGGGGGUGAUGAAUUAUGGCGUUUCGGGUUCAGUGAUGCUAAACAAGGUUUCCAGAAUGAAGAUUUCUUCCGACUUCAUAUGUCGGUGACUUCAAAUUAACAAGCAAAUCUGCAUUAUUUUUUAGUGCCAGAAUAUGUUCAGUUCAUAUUUUGAAGCGAUGAACUCUUGAUAAUAUUACAUCCGAAGAUAUUGUUUAAUCCUAAAUUGCUUGUCGUACUUUUCGGCAUCUGGAGGCCAUAUUUGUUUCUUUUACGUUGUCUUUGGACUUACCCUUUUACCAUGAGUAUCUGAGACGUCGAGCCCAUAAUUAUAUUAUCCAGUGGCAGAUCAACAUCCGUUGACUAUCUUUUGUAUAUCUUCUACGACUAAAAGCAACGGCUGCACUUAUUGACCUCCGCUCACACCUAUCACUGGCUUGUCUUGUCUUAUUGUCUGCCCAAAGCCUCAUUUUUUAUCUAUUUAACUCAAUAAAUAGAUUAUUUAGUUGGACUUUUGUGUUAUAUGCCCCCGAAGAUGGUGAUCUUCAGAUGUACGGUCAUUGGCCCCACACUUGACUCGUUUGAUAGAAGCAGUCAAAAGAGGUUCAUUGGUUCAUCUCUGCUGAAUUAGCCGCACUGGGUCAUAUAUGCCUUGGCCUCUCUUGGAUUCUACCGAGUUCUGCUCUGACCUAUUAUAUAGUCAACGAGAUAGGAAAAGGGAUUCCCUUCCUCAUUCGAACGCCUGUCCUCUGGAAGCUUGUGCCCUUCUCCUGUGAAUGAAACUUCAUCCCUCAAAGGAUUAAUUUUUCGUCUCGUAGCGGACUGUUCUGAAAUUAAAAUACUGAGAUUAUUAGCUUAGCUUCAGUUUUACACGUUGACCUAUUUAUGGCUAAUUAUCCCUUCGGGCUCAUCUUUUGACCAUCGAUUGCUGGCUGAUGGCUAUCAGUUGCUGAUGCUCUCUGGGAGUAGAAUCAUCUCUAUGAUAGCUUGGAUGCCGUGUCUCGUUCAUCCGGAUCAAUUGAAAAGUGUUUUUUUCGGCCGAAAAUCCAUUGAUGCAGCUGUAGAUCCCAGCUAUCUGCGCCGAUUUCCCUUUCUAAUAUAUAUGUUCUCUCUCUCUCUCUCCCUCACUCUGUCGGAUGCAGGCGCCUGGUGCAAGAGUCGGAAAUCCUGACGAUCGACGUGAAGCCGGGGUGGAAGAAGGGGACGAAGAUCACAUUCCCAGACAAGGGCAACGAACAGGCGAACCAGCUUCCGGCGGACCUGGUCUUUGUCAUCGACGAGAAGCCUCACGAGGUCUUCAAAAGGGACGGCAACGACCUCGUCGUCCACCAGAAGAUCCCCCUGGCGGAGGCGCUCGCCGGCACAACGCUGACCCUGCGGACCCUCGACGGCCGGGAACUCGCCGUCCCGGUGACCGACGUCGUCAGCCCCGGCUACGAGCUCGUCAUCGCCAAGGAGGGUAUGCCCAUCGUCAGAGAACCAGGGAGGAGGGGGAACCUGAGGAUCAAAUUCGACGUCAAGUUCCCCUCCAAGCUCACCUCCGAGCAGCGCGCCGCCCUCAGGCGCAUCCUCGCCGGCGAGCUCUGA